AUGAAAUUCGCCACUAUCCUUUGGUUUUCAUUUGGAUUUAUGACGAUGGCUACAACCGAUGUCAAGAUUUUUAUUCAAAAAGAUAGUGAAUCAACUGUCCUUAAAAGAGAACUUGGUGAUAAAACAAUUAUCAAAAGUUUGGUUAAGGAAACCGAACAACCAAAAGUUGUUGAAACGAGAAAUAUUGUUAUAGCAAGAAAAGUUUUACCCACUAAAACUAAAGAAAGCACACAAUUACAAGAAAAAAAGAUUCAACAAACAAAAACAAAAAUAAAACAAUUGAAAUUAGAAACUGAAAAAAUGACAAAAGAUGUACAAAAAACAAAGAUAAAAAUGUCCCAACUUAAAUUGAAAACUGAUCAAUUGAUAAAAAAAGUUAAGACACCAAAAGUAGGUAAUAACGAGAAAAAAAAAAGAAUUAGAAAAUUGAAAAUAGAAAGUGAACAUUUAAAAAAAAAUGUUCAAAAAACAAAUUUGAAAAUUGCACAAUUAAAAUUGAAGACUGACCAGUUGAAAAAGAGUAUUGAAAAAUCACAAAAAAGUGUUGAUGAAAAGAAAAUAAAGAUUAGUCAACCUAAAUUGAAAGAAAAUGUUCAACAAGAAAAAUUAAAAAUAAUACAACCAAUGUUGAAGAUUGAUCAAUUGAAGGAAAAUACAAAAAUUACAAAAAAAAGUGUUGAGGAGGAAAAAAAAAGUACUAGUGAGUCAGAAAAAAAAGUGAUUCUCCAAACCCUGAAUGAAAUUUUAAAAAAAAAUAAAACUUCUAAUGAUGAUAAAGAUGUUAUCUUAAGACGUGUUAGAUAUAUUAAAGUUGAUACAAUUGAAAAUGGAAAAUUAGUAAAACCUGUUGUUAAAACUAUUAAUACCCCAACAUUCCAUGACAAAGCUACAAUGGAAGCUCCUAGAAAAAUUAUUAUUGCUUAA